UGCGCGGGGCUAGGGGCGCGCUCGCACCGCUCUGGGGUUGAGCCCUCCCAGUGUCCGCGCGCGGAGCCACGUCGGAGCGCGCCGUCCCGACCCACCCGGGCGCUUCGCCCCGCCCGGACGUUCCCGCCAGUGGCCUAACCUGCUUGACUCGCCGAACUCGCCGCAGCUCCCGGCGGCAGCAGGUGGCCUCGGACUCGCCGCCGUCACCGCUGCCCAAGCGGGCCGCGCGCCCCGGAGCCCUCUCGGUCGCCCCCGACAGGCGGGAUGGAGCCGGACGGGGACCUGGAGGAGCUGGCCCGGCUGCGCUCCGUCUUCGCCGCCUGCGACGCGAACCGCUCGGGGCGCCUGGAGCGCGAGGAGUUCAGCGCGCUGUGCGCGGAGCUGCGCGUGCGGCCGGCCGACGCCGAGGCCGUGUUCCAGCGGCUCGACGCCGACCGCGACGGCGCCAUCACCUUCCAGGAGUUCGCGCGCGGCUUCCGCGGGGCCCACCGCGGGAGACGGCGCUGGGGCCGGGGGCCGCGGGAGCCCGUGUUCACUGCGGCCCUGGUGGGGUCCGACCCCGGGGACAGCCAGGAGGACGAGGGCGACGAGGACGCGGCGGCGGCACUGGCCGCCCACUGGGACUCCGCGAGCUCGGGCCAGGCUUGGCAGGACUUCCAGGCGCGACUCGGGGACGAGGUCAAGUUCAUCCCUAGAAAAGAGCAAGUUAGUACCUUGUAUCAAAACAUCAACCUCGUGGAGCCAAGACUAAUUCAGCCAUAUGAACAUGUUAUAAAGAACUUUAUCCGUGAGAUCAAACUUCAAAGCACAGAAAUGGAAAACCUGGCCAUUGCAGUGAAGAGAGCCCAGGACAAGGCAGCCAUGCAGUUGAGUGAAUUGGAAGAGGAAAUGGAUCAGAGGAUUCAGGCUGCAGAACACAAGACGCGGAAAGACGAAAAACGCAAAGCUGAAGAAGCCCUCAGUGACCUCAGGCGUCAGUAUGAAACAGAAGUGGGAGAUCUACAGGUGACAAUAAAGAAACUCAAAAAGCUAGAAGAACAAUCAAAACACAUAAGUCAAAAGGAAGAUGUGGCUGCAUUAAAAAAACAAAUUUAUGAUUUAUCAAUGGAAAAUCAGAAAGUUAAGAAAGAUCUUUUAGAAGCACAGACAAACAUAGCCUUUCUUCAGAGUGAAUUAGAUUCUUUGAAAAGUGAUUAUGCUGAUCAGAGUCUGAAUUCUGAAAGGGAUCUGGAAAUAAUCCGAGAGUACACAGAAGAUCGAAACAGUCUUGAGAGGCAAAUUGAAAUACUCCAAACAGCUAACAGGAAACUGCAUGACAGUAAUGAUGGCCUAAGGAGUGCCCUUGAAAACAGUUACAGCAAGUUCAACAGAUCCUUGCGCAUAAAUAAUAUAUCACCAGGGAAUACAAUUUCCAGAAGCAGUCCUAAAUUUAAUGCUCAUUCUCCUCAACCUCUGGGCUAUGACAGGUCAUCCCGCUCUUCCUACAUGGAUGAGGACUGUGACUCUCUGGCCCUCUGUGAUCCCGUGCAGAGGAUAAACUGUGACAUUGACAGCCUGCCUGAGAGCUGCUUCGACAGCGGCUUGUCUACCCUGAGAGAUUCCAAUGAGUAUGACUCGGAGGUGGAGUACAAGCACCAGAGGGGAUUCCAGAGGUCACACGGCACGCAGGAGAGCUCUGGGGGUGAUGCUUCAGACACAGACGUUCCUGAUAUAAGGGAUGAAGAGACGUAUGGCUCAGAAGGCGUGGCUUCCAUCCUAGACUGGAAGCCACAGGGGUCUGCUAGUGAAGACAGCGGCAUUAGCUCCUUGAGAAAGCCCAUCUCAGCACUUGCACCACAGACAGACAUGGUGGAUGAAAACCAUAAAUCUUCCAGCUCACAGAAGGCUUACAAGAUUGUGCUGGCUGGGGACGCUGCAGUAGGAAAGUCAAGUUUGCUCAUGAGACUUUGCAAGAAUGAAUUUCGAGGAAACACAAGUGCCACCCUGGGAGUUGAUUUUCAAAUGAAAACUCUCAUUGUAGAUGGAGAGCGAACAGUACUGCAACUCUGGGAUACCGCUGGCCAGGAGAGAUUCAGAAGUAUUGCCAAGUCUUACUUCAGAAGAGCAGAUGGUGUUUUGCUGCUGUAUGAUGUUACGUGUGAGAAAAGCUUUCUUAAUGUACGAGAAUGGGUAGAUAUGAUUGAGGAUGCAGCCCAUAAUAGCAUUCCUAUCAUGUUGGUAGGAAACAAGGCUGAUCUUCGUAAUGCUGCUGAAGCGGAAGGACAAAAAUGUGUCCCAGGGUACUUUGGAGAAAAACUGGCCAUGACCUAUGGGGCAUUAUUUUGUGAAACAAGCGCCAAAGAUGGUUCAAAUAUAGUGGAAGCUGUUCUCCACCUUACUCGGGAAGUGAAAAAAAGAACUGAUGAGGGUGACAGCAAAUCCAUUACCAAUCUGAGUGGGACCAGUUCCAAAAAGUCAACCCAGAUGAAGAAUUGUUGCAAUGGUUAAAUCCAAAAGAUCCUUGGCCCACGAAGCCUUCAUUCCCAGAGUACUGAAUGUACGUGACUUAUUUGCUUCCUACAUGGAGUGGUACAUCCUACGGACACUGUCGUAUGGAGAGUUACAGUGUGGGAAAUCUGAACUGUGCUCUCAGGUCCCUCCAGAACCUCGGCUCUUUUUUGCUAUGUUUCAAUGAGUGAUUUGGGCCCCCUGGUUAAAUAUACCUGUCUUAUCCUUACAAAGUCUUAACAGAUAAUGUGUAAAUGUUUUUAAAGUGGUAAAAAAAAAAAAAAAAAAAAAACAUGCUCAGAUCAAAGCUAUAGAAGAAAUUCACUGACGUAAUUAGGUUCAUGUGGUAAAUAACCUACGACAUUUACUUCCAAUAUUCAAUACUAGAAAACUAAUAAAAGGGGGUUACCAUCCUAGCUUUGCUGUAAACUAGCCUUGUGGUCUCAGACAUGUCGCCAACCCACAUUAGAUUCAUUUCCUCAUCUGUAAACAAGCAGCUUGGCCUUUCAGGCCUCGGCCCUCUCAGCUCUGUAGCUCUUUAAGGAGUGAGAAGGAGAGCAUGAUGGCCCACAUUUAAUAAGGACUCUGCGCGUCUGUACUUUUUAAAUAUUGGGGUAUUAAUUUUUCUCACUUCUUGUACAAGAACAGAAUUUGAGAAAAAAUGGUAAUGUUUUAAGCUCCAGUGGAGACAGAAAAAUCUAUUUUUUAUGUAUAAAGAAAGAAAACAUUUGGGGGACAAAAACAGUUUGUAUAUAAAAGAGGGUAUUUUAUAAUCUCAGAAUACUUAUAAAGUCAAUGGUUUGAAUUCACUGUUAAAAAUUCUAAUGAAAAAAAUAGAAAGCUACAUGCAACUGAAAAUACAAUGCCCAGGAAAGCUGUCACACUUCACUUAAAAAAAAAACGCCAGCAAGAGACUGCCUGGGGCUGGUGAACGGGAGGAAUUGAGAGUGACUGCUAACGGGUCUGUGGUUUCUUUGCGGGACGAUGAGAAUGCUCUGGAAGUGUAUUGUGGUAAUGCUGCACAACUUGGUGAAUAUACUAAACCCCACGAAACUGUAUACUUUACAUGGUGAAUCUUAUGGUAUGUGAAUUAUAUCUCACUCAAAAAAUACACUAGUAUUGAUUUAACAUUUUGCCAAAUGAAAAUAUGCAUGCUCAAACCUCCCCAUGGUUUACCCAUGGUUUAAGAGCAGAAUCUCCAGAAUAACGCAAAUCCCCUAACUCCCUGGUUGCCAGCAUUCUCCUCCUUAAAUAAUGAACAGUGAAAGAAAUGUUAUGUGUAGUUUUGGAAAAUCACCUCUUUUGAAGAGGAAUUGUGGUUAGGGUACAGGUAACUCAGAUUCGUUCGUCUCAGGUGACUAGGGACUCAUCCUCACCAACAGCCUGAUAGGUAGUCCCUCCUAGAAGCUGUGCUGCCUCCCAGACUUCCCCACUGAAACGUCUCCAAAAGCCAAAGGAGUCAAUACCUGACCCCAGGGUGGGUCAGCAAGGCAUGCUCUUUGGUUUUUGGUUUUGGUUUUCAGUGGCCUGAACCAGCUAAGUUAUUCCCAACUAGAGUCUUGAACUUACCUUUGUUCAUAGGUCCAGGCCCCAAGUAGCCUGCUGAAAAAACUUAAAUAAUAGCUCUUAUUUAUUGUAAUACAUAAGCUAAAAA